AUGAGUAAGUAAUAUAACAAGAGAGGUAAUUAUCAACCUCGUUAAGAUGUGUAUGAAUAUGUAACAAAGGAGGAGUAUGAACAAUAGUAAAUAUAGUAGAAUAAGGAAUAAUAGCAAAGACAAGAUAAUCCUAAGAAAAAAUAAUAAUAAUUUUAAAAAAACAAAUAUGAAUAAGAAAAGCAAGAAUAAUUUCAAUAAUAAUAGAACUAAAAUAAAUAGCCUGAUAAUAAAUAGUAUCAGAGACAUAAUAAUUAAAAGGACAAUAAAAAUUAUUAAAAAAGAUUUUAAUAAAAAGUUGAGGUAGAUGAUGAUUAUAAAAGAGAUGAUCCAUAAGACUUUGAAGGUAUUUUAAUGAAAUAAAAUUUAGAUGUUGAAAAAUUUGAUAUAACAAAAAUAAAGUAAAAAGAAUUAACAUAGACUUUAAUUAAAAUGUUAAAGUACAGAAAAAUAGAAUGUCCAGUAUGUUAUGAUAAAAUUCAUCCAUAAUAAAAAAUAUGGAGUUGUACUUAAUGUUUUUCACCUUUCCAUUUGUAUUGUAUGCAUAAAUGGAUAAAGAAUUUAAAUCCAAAAAAUAUAAAUGAAUUGUAUUGUUGGAGUUGUCCAAAAUGCAAUUUAUUAAUAUAAGAUAAAUUACCAGAAUAUAAAUGCUUUUGUGGAAAAUAAUAAGAUCCAGAAGCAGAUUCUUAUUCUAUUCCUCAUUCAUGUUCAUAGAAAUGCUAAAAAAAAAGAGGAAAAUAUUGUCCUCAUCCUUGUCCUAUGGAUUGUCAUCCUGGACCAUGUCCUGAAUGUCAUGUAUAAGGAGUAGAAAUAAAAUGUUUUUGUGAAAAAAAGACUAAGUAAAUGUAAUGUAGUGAAAUAAAAAAAGAUUUUUCAUGUGGUUAACCAUGUGGUAAAAUGUUGAAUUGUAAUAAUCAUUUUUGUCAAAAACCUGUAAAUAAUAAUAUAAUAAUAUUAGUGUCAUAAUGGUAAUUGUUAACCUUGUAAUGAAUCUCAUUAAGUAUAAUGUUAUUGUGGAACUCAAAAGGAUAUUAUAAAUUGUGCAUAGUAAUCAUAUUCAUGUGGUAAAAUAUGUGGUAAAAUACUUGAUUGUGGUUAACAUUAAUGUUUAGAAUAAUGUCAUCCAAAUUGUUAACCAUGUAAAUUAAAACCAGAAUUAGUAAUUUAUUGUGCUUGUGGGAAAUAUAAAAUUAAUGAUUUAAUUAAGGAAUAAAGAAAAUCUUGUUUAGAUCCAAUACCUAAUUGUGGUACUCCAAUAGAAACUACAUUAAUAUGUGGACAUAAAAGUAGAACAAUUUGUGGAUCUGAUUAUCCUGAAUGUGUUUAAAAAGUAAAAGAGAAAUGUAGAUGUAAAGAUACUACUAGAGUUAAAUUAUGCAAUGAUAAAUCAAUAUUUGUAUGUGAUGAUGUAUGCAAAAAAAGAAAAUCUUGUGGAGUUCAUUUCUGUUAAAAAGAGUGUUGUCCACCUGGAGAUUAAGAAGCUCAUUUAUGUUUAAAAGUAUGUAAUAAACCACUUCCAUGUGGUCAACAUAAUUGUGAUUAAUUUUGUCAUAUUGGUGCUUGUUAAUAAUGUCCAAUAAUUAUUAAUCAACCUUUAUAUUGUCCUUGUGGUAAAAGUGUUAAAAAUCCUCCAAUGAAAUGUGGUACUGCUCCUCCAUCAUGUUUAGAGAUCUGUAAAAAGGUUUUAGAAUGUGGACAUAUAUGUUAAUCAUUAUGUCAUCCAGGACCAUGUCCUGAUUGCAGAGAAUAAAUUGAUAAAUUAUGUAGAUGCAAAUAAAAUACACUUUCAACCAUUUGUUCAAAAUAAGCUGUUUGUAGAAAUGUUUGUAAUAAAAUUUUAAAUUGUGGACAUAAAUGUCAAGAAAUAUGUUAAGCAUAAGAAGAAUGUCCUGGAAAUGGACCUGAAGGUUGUGAUUAAAAAUGUCAUGUUAAAAAAAUAUGUAAUCAUUUUUGUUAAGAAAUUUGUCAUCCAAAUUAAUAAUGUCCAAAACUACCUUGUAAAGUCUAAAUUAGAGUAGUAUGUAGUUGUGGUAAUAGAGACUCCUUUAUAGAAUGUGGAGUUGUUGAUGAACUUAUAGAAAAAACUUUGAAAUGUGAUUAAAAAUGUUAAAAUAUUAAAAGAUUUGGAGCAUUUUAUAAAUCUAAUUCUCUUGUAGAUAUUGAAAAAACCUAUUAUCCAGAUAUCUUACUUAAAUAUACUCAUUAUAAUUUAUAGAAUCUCUAAAAAAUGGAAGAAAAAGUUCAACAUUUUCUUGUACAUUCUUAACCUGAAUAAGGAUAUGAUUUUUCAUUCCCAGUAUCUGAAUGGUCUGAAUUGAAGAAAUUGGCCCUAUAGACUCUAUUUUCUAGACAUUAUAAAUUUGAUGUCUAAAUUUUGAAGACUUAAAAUAAAUAAUAUUUGUUUAGUCUUUAUAAAACAUAGGAUACUUGUAUUCCUAAAAUUAAACUUUCUGAAUACUUUAUAAAAGUUUAAAAAGGUAUAAUCAAAAGAGAUCAUUAACCAUUUAAAGCAAAAAUUAAGACAUUUUUUGAAGUUUCAUCAACUGAUGCUUAUAAUAUUGAAAAUGCAUUAUCAGAUUUUAAAGGUGACUUUUAUUCUGAAAGAUAAUCAUAACAAUAUGUACUAAACUUUUGGGAUGAGACUUAAGCUGAAUUGGCACUUAAAAAAAUAAAAAAAGCAGUUGGAUUACUAAAUGUAAAUUGGGUUUUAGAAGUUAAUUAAUAAUGUUUAGAUGAAUACAAAAGAAUAUUUGAACCUGCCAAAGAGAAUGAUAUUAUUGUUAAACCCAAAAAAAUGAAAUAAUAAGAAUAUGAAGAAAAUACACUAGAAGUUUAAUAUUCAUAAUUGGAAGAAGAAAAAUUCAAUAAAAUUUAAAAGGAGUAUUCUGAAAAAGCUUAAUUGACAAAGAGAUGUGAUAACGAAGAAAUAGAAGAAAGAAUUAAUAAUUAAUAAUUAUCUAUUUUUGAGUAAGAUGGAUUUUAUUAAUAUGAAAUUUAACCUAUUAGAGAAAAUAUCAUUAGAUCUUAUAAAUAAGAAUAAAAACCAUUUGUACCUGAAUAUGUGAGAACACCAGAUACAUUAUGUAAAACUGUUGAUUUUCUUCUUCAAAAUUUUUUGAGAGCAGAUGAUCCAGAUUCAGAUUUCAAAAAACCUAUGAAAGGUGAUACUCCAAGAGAUAUUGUGUAUGAAGAUAUUUAUGAAUUCAUACAUGAUAGAUUAUAAUAAAUUAGAGUAGAAUUAAAUUACCUUCAAUAUAAAGAUAUGAGCAUUUAUGGUAUUUAUUAUAAUUAAUUAUUUUAGUGAAAAUAAUUAGAUUUUAUAUUUUAUCUCAUUCUUAAUUAUAGGAUAAUUAAGAAAAUCUUAAAACCUUAUGUGAAUUGCUAAAGACAUUCAAAAAUGAUGAAAC